CAUAACCUCACGGUAGUGACGAAACAAGUAACACUUCCGGAAAAUACAUUGGGGUUUCAUGGUCUUAUGAAGUAGUUAGCAUUAUAUUCGUGUCAGAAAGCAUUAUGUCUUCCCUUGUGUUUAAUGCAGCUCGUCGUAAAUUUCAGCAUGCGAGAUCAACGUUGUGCGUUUUACAAAUAUUCAGACAUGUUCAUUUCAACAACGUGCGCCUGCAAAAUAGCAUAUGUACAGCUCACUCGCACAACUUCCCAGUGCAUUCACAUUUCGUUGGAGUACACAACGCGACACGUUUAUUGAGACGAGGUAUAACCGUUGACGUCAGGUUAAGAAAUAGCGGUGGGAAAGAAAGGGGUCAAGUGUCGAGAAGUCCAAGUGACGUGCCAGGACUUUCUGCUGCUCAGAAAGUUAAGCAAGCAAGCAAAGAUUUCACCUAUUUCAUUGUUGUGCUCGUCGGGGUUGGAGUAACAGGAGGUUUGCUGUAUAUUCUCUUCAAAGAGUUACUGUCAUCUUCAAGUCCAAAUAAAAUCUAUGGGAAAACUUUGGAUAAAUGUAAAAGACAUCCAGAGGUCAUUGGAGCUUUUGGGGAGCCAAUCAAGGCCUAUGGUGAGACUUCUCGUCGGGGACGAAGGCAACAAAUCAGCCAUGUAGAGUUCUUGAGGGAUGGCGUGAAGCACAUGAGGCUUAAGUUUUACAUUGAGGGCUCAGAACCACGGAUGCAAGGGACGGUACAUACAGAAUUGAGAGAGAACCCUGAAACAGGAAAGUAUGAAUUCCGCUACGUAUUUGUGGACAUGGAUACAUACCCAAGAAGAACCAUUGUCGUUGAAGAUAAUAGAUAGCCUAAUAUUAUGAAAGUGGGCCUUCGAAUGAAGCUGAUCUUUCAAAUGGACGAGGCACUGUUUUAUUUUACUUCUUCAGUUCUUUUACUGAAUAACUGUGAAAGGCAGGAAAGUGGUUCUGUAUGUGUUUGUAUGGAUCCGCCCAGAUAGUUUCUUCUGAAGUCAUUGCUGGUCAUGGAAUAAAAAUGAAAUUGCAUGGAAGUCAGGCUGCAUUUACAGUGAGCAUUAAAAAGACUGUAAAUGUGCAGAUUAUUAAUUUUAUGGUCCAGAAAGUAAUGUGGGUAUAAAAUUAUGCAAAAACCAAAAAUGUUGCUAAAACAACAGCUAAAUGAUUGUUAACAAGACAAAUAGUGCCAGCAAAGAUUUGCUUUGUAAAAAAAUUAAUUCCACAGCAUUUUCUGUAAAAAUGUACAUGUAUUUGAUGUUGUCUCUGAAGUGUGUGAUGCCUGGUGAAUUGAAAUGACUCUAAUGGUUGAAGCCAUCUUGAUGAAAGGCUACAUUUAAUAAUGAAGUGCUUUAGUAGUGUUAUACACCUUUGAACACUGAAUAACACAAUGCACUUUUUUUUUGCAAGGAACAAUAAAUUGCUCUUCCGGUGUUUAUA